GAAAACUUGUUAUGAUUGCAACGUGUCUAAUACAGUAUUUUUAUACUUUAUAUAAAAUAAGUACUCCCUCACGAUUACAUAGAUAAAUUUAUGUAUGUGUUAAAUACAAUCCUAUACUCAUUUAAUGUUUUUGUAAAUGUUUAGUUUUUUAUUUACAAUGGAAGUAUAAUUAUCUUCAAGUUAGUUCUGAGUACGUUUUUGGUAGCUAUUCAUAAUUAAUCAUACAAUGGUUGACGAUCAAACAUUUAAGUUUCCAGACACAGUAGCAGUUCUCAAGUCAUCCAAUGGUUCAACAGUUUACUUAGUUGGUACUGCUCAUUUUAGUAAAGAAAGUCAAGACGAUGUUGCCCAUGUAAUUAAUGCAGUAAAACCUGAUGUUGUUGUGAUUGAAUUAUGUCUAAAUAGGAAAACAAUUCUAACCAUUGAUGAAUCAACAAUAGCUGAUGUAACAGGAAUUACUUUAGAUGGUCUUCGAGGGUCUAUAAAGAAAUUAGGGCUAACACAAGGAAUAUUUUAUCAACUUAUGCUGAACAUAUCAGCAAAUAUAUCUCGGGACCUUGGUAUGAUACCUGGUGGAGAAUUCCGUAGAGCUGUCCAAGAAGCUAAGAAAUACAAUAGUUAUAUUUUCUUAGGAGAUAGACCUGUUGACGUUACUAUUAAAAGAGUAAUAUCUAUGUUAAGCUGGCCAAAAAGUAUUAAACUUUUGUCUCACUUAUUGUUUACUUCAGAUUUAAAAAUUACUAAAGAAGAUGUGGAAAAGUUUAAAAAUAAAGAUUUAUUAGAAACUUUAAUGUUAGAAAUGGCUGCUGAUUAUCCUGAAUUAGAAAAAGUAAUAGUUGAUGAAAGAGACAAGUAUUUGACUCAUAGUUUACAAAGUUGUGCAGGUUUUACUAUUGAUAAAACAGGAGUGCAUUUUUUUGAUUCAAGUCCUAGAAUAGUUGUUGGAGUUGUUGGUUUGGGUCAUAUUGCUGGAAUUAAAAACUACUGGGAAUCUGUAACUGAAGAAGAAAUAGCUGAAUUAAGCAUAAUUCCGCCUCAAUCAAAAAGUAGUAAAGUUAUCAAAGUUGUUCUUAAAGUUGGUGUCUAUGGCCUUCUUAUAUGGGGAAUUUCAAAAAUUCCAGGAAUAAAAUCUGUAUCACAGACAGCAUAUAAAGCAAUUGCCACCAAAUUAGUAUAAUAAAAAUUCAUCAAAAUCAAGUAAUUAAUAUUACAUCUAAUAAUUUUGUUCACUCUUAUAACAUUUUUAACCCUUUUAAAUAAGUUAUCUUUCUUAAAAUAAAAAAUCUUAUUCAAAAUA